UCGGGGCAGCGGCGGCAGCAGUAGCAGGAGCUUGAGGAGGAGGAGGAGGAGGGAAGGAAGGAAGGAGCAUCCGGCCUAGCCAACCGCUUCAGCGCGCCCCGGGCCCAGCGGAGCACCCAGUCGAGGCCGCGACUCAGCGGGCCUACGCCACGCACGGGAUCGGGCCCGGCCGGAUGGGCGCCUGAGCCUCGGGCCCUACAGCGCCCUGGAUCGGGGCCGGUGCAGAGCUCCAGGAAGCCAAGAGCAGGAUGUUCCGGUUCAUGAGGGACGGAGAACCUGAGGAUCCCAUGUUUCUCAUGGACCCUUUUGCUAUUCACCGACAACAUAUGAGUCGGAUGUUGUCAGGAGGCUUUGGCUACAGCCCUUUCCUCAGCAUCACAGAUGGGAGCAUACCAGGGGCUCGGCCUACCAGUCGAAGGAUGCAGGCUGGGGCUGUCUCACCCUUUGGGAUGCUAGGAAUGACAGGUGGCUUCAUGGAUAUGUUUGGGAUGAUGAAUGACAUGAUUGGGAAUGUGGAGCACAUGACAACUGGAGCCAACUGUCAGACUUUUUCAUCCUCCACUGUCAUCUCCUAUUCCAACCUGGGUGAUGGUGCUCCCAAAGUCUACCAAGAAACAUCUGAGAUGCGCUCAGCACCAGGUGGGAUCCGGGAGACAAGGAGGACUGUGAGGGACUCUGAUAGUGGACUAGAGCAGAUGUCCAUUGGGCAUCACAUCCGAGACAGGGCACACAUCCUGCAACGUUCCCGAAAUCACCGAACUGGGGACCAGGAAGAACGGCAGGAUUACAUCAAUUUGGAUGAGAGUGAUGCUGAAGCAUUUGACAAUGAGUGGAGGCGAGAGACAUCCCGAUACCGGCCACAACGUCCCCUGGAAUUUCGUCGGCAUGAGGCUACUGGGGCGGGUGGGGGUAGAAGGGCUGAGGGACCCCCUCGGCUGGCUAUACAGGGCCCUGAGGACUCCCCUUCCAGACAGUCACGACGAUAUGACUGGUGAGGGCCCCUUCCCCCCAGGUCCUCUCGUAAGUGUUGAUGGGGGAGGGAUCACAGAGAGGGAUGUAGUCCCUCAGUCAUUCCUCUGGCAUUUGGAGGAAACCCACUUGUUCCUAAUAUUUUAGAGUGUGGGAGUGGGGUAAAGAUCUUCUUAGAGCCUAUUUUGGUGAUAAUAGGUCUCAGCUGGUCUAGGAAAGGAAAGACAUUCUCCUGAACUGGAGAGUUGACCACAAGCACCAAGACCGUCAUCAUCCAGCUUCUGUUCCCCCUCCCCCCCCCUUCUUCCUAUAUGACAAGCUUUCUCCCUCCACCCUCUAGGUACAGGCUGUGAGGGGCAGAGGAAUCACCCCAUGAAAUAACUCUUCCCCCCAAUUUAAUAUUAAAUAGAGAUGAGCUGGCCCCUUCAAGCUUAGGGAGCCUUAGGGGGAGAUUUUCACUGCCCCCUUUACUGCUUUUACUUCUCCCCACACCUUUUCAAUCUCACCCUCCCAUAGUGAAUUUACUGACUUUUCUUUCUGUUGCUCCCUAAUGUCUUGAUUUUUUUUCUCCCCUCUAACCCUCAAUAAGUACAAGGUCUUUUAGGAUAAGUUCCGGGGGUAGGUGCCCCCUUUUUCCCCAAAGGUCUAUCAGUGACCAUUGGAUCCUUUCUCACCUCUACCUAGAAGUCCCAUGUUUGGGGCUGUGUCCCCCUCCCUACUGGAUGAGUAGGGGGUGGGUAUCAGGUCCUCUUUCCUCUUGUCCUCUAACCCCAUGCUCUCAUGCGCCAUGCACAUACAUGUGCGCGCACACGUACAUGCACACGCACUGUCUGUCUCUGCGUCCCUCUGCCCUUUGUGUGUGUAUGUGUGUGUGUGUGUGUAUGUAACUUGUAACUUUAUGGAAUAAAGGGGAAUGGAAAAGAGA